AUGGCGCUAGCGUCAGACUUGGUGACCGAUUCCAAGCUGGAGACAAUAUUCAAGAAAGGCGGCGACGUUGUCCAUGUGAUCCAAACGGCGGGCACGACUCCUUCUCAAAGAAAAGUUCCAAAGAAACAGAAGUGGAGGCGGACCAAAGAUCUCGGCCAGGGAGGAUUCGGCGUCGUUUGGCUGGAGAACCUAGUAGGGGGCGGCAAAGAUGAAGUGCAGGAACGAGCUGUCAAAGGAAUGGAGAAGAAACAUGCGAAGAACUACAUUCGUGAACUGCAUGCGAUAGCAAAGUUUUCACAAGACCAAUUCGACACAUGGUUCGUCAAAUCAUUUGGAUGGUACGAACUCGACGAACAUGUAUUCAUCUCGAUGGAAUACCUUCCCCACGGCGAUCUGAGCGCUUAUCUCGACAAGUCCGGCCCGCUACCAGAGGAAGAACUCCAACGCAUCACUUGCCAAUUACUCGAAGGGCUGGAGUGUAUGCACAAACACGAGUUCGCGCAUCGCGACCUAAAGCCACAAAACGUGCUCAUAAAGGAACCUGGCCCUGAAUGGUGGGUCAAGCUCAGCGAUUUUGGAAUCAGCAAGCGUAUGGAGAGCGCCGCGGCGGAACAUACAGUUGCUGGUACCCGUUCGUUCAUGGCACCCGAAAUCCUUGUGCAGGACGGUGUACUUCAUUCUGCGACUUUCCCCAGAUCCAAACCAUAUACAAAUGCGGUAGACAUCUGGGCCUUAGGGGCGUUGGCAUUCAAGGCUCUUACCGGGAAACAGCCUUUCGCAAAGGACUUGGCGUUAUACGUCGAUGACAAAAUGCCUUUCCCUCACGAGUUGCUACGAACGUACAAUGUCUCACAAGAUGGAUGCAACCUACUUGCGAGACUUCUGGCAGCCAAGCCCGAGGAUCGACCCUCAGCUUCCGAAGCACUAGCUGAUCUUUGGCUUGCAGAACAACGAGUGCAACCCUCUAAAGUGUCGAUCGAAUCAGUGAGUACGCUUGACUACGUCCGGUAUCUCACACGGCGUGAUCAGAAACCAGCCUCUAUCGAAUCUCAGACCCUUGGUGAUACGGAAGCUUCUACCUUAGUGUCCAAGACCUUUGACAAUGUUAAGGCUAUAGCCAUGGACAGCUUCUCCAACUUUUCACGCCGGAAAUCUCAUGCCAUUCAGCUGGACUCACACGACAAUGCCCUCGGUCUUACAACCCUAGUAGAAGAACCAUCAAUAGCUGCCAGUCAGCCGGCUGCCUCCACUCUACCGACUGAUGAUGGUUUGCAGAAAGACCCGUCAAAGUCUGAAGAUUCGUUAGUUGACUCGCAAAUCGCAACUAAAAGCCCAACGCAAACCUCGGCAAGAGUGGAAAGCGUGAAGAGUUCGAGAAGCUCGGAAGAAGAGCGCCCUUCUACUAAUACAACACCAUCACACGUAACACCAUCAGUCACUUUACAGUCUGCUCUAGAUAGCAAAGAGUCUCUAGAGGAGUCAGAGGAGUAUUUCAAUCGGCCUAUCGCAGUCAAUGACUACACACUUUCGCCCGGCACGACCAUAUCAGAGGCUUCGCCAUCUCUGUCAGCAUCGGAGACUUCACCAAGAGCGCCCAGCGGUCACUGGACGAGAGCUAUGCCGUUUUCCUCGCUUUCCGUGGACAAUGUCAGUCCUGUCAGUCCGGGAUGGUCAAAAGACCCUUCGAUUGUUCAACAAAAAGGCUGCUCGCUCAGGCCACUAUCUUUGCCGAACGACCUUACGCACACGAUGGAUCCAGAUGCGUUCAUCAUCGUAAUACCGGGUGUGGGUGAUCCCCCCGUCGAGAUAUGGAGCAGAGACGGAGUGCAAAAUGAGCCACUUACUAUGUCUAUACCUAUGGUUUUUCUGGGACACGGUGUCGGAGGCUUGAUCAUUAAAGACUUCUUCUGGAAUUCAAGCGGACCCCAGCACCGAGGCUUUCCAAUCCGUUGGUAUGAGGACAUAGUCAACAACACAGUCGGAAUUGCUCUACUCGGAACACCCCAUCUCACGAAAGCAAACUCGACGGAUGCAGAGAGCAUACUAGGCGUCAUUACGAGAGCACCGACAUCCAGAAAGUCGGAGCCCCUUCACAGGAAGCUCCUAGAUCUGAAAGACACCGAAUAUGUCCGCUCUCUGUCAGAGGAGUUCGACAAGUAUAUCCGGCAGAAUGUCCCCCGUCUGCCCAUCUUAUCAGUCUGGGAUGGGCGAGAAAGCGAUGCAAUGCGAAUAGAGGAGACGAGGUUGACUGGGCGCAGAUGGAGAGCAGAGAGAUUUGUGGUACGUCACAGAGACAGCAUACCCACCAUCAACGAUGAUGGGCCUUCAUGA